UCUAUCCAACAUAUGUGGUUUAUUUCCCUUCUAAAGAUGACUAGAGUGAAGUUACUUGGGAGGACAAUUAAUUUAAGAAGUUUGAUUGUUGAACGGAUGAAUAAAGUCUUCAGAGAAAAUCUUGAGUUUCUCUUUGAUCGUUUUGAGUCUCAAGAUCUAUGUUCCAUAGUGGAAUUAGAAAAGCUGGUAGAUAUACUGAAGCAUUCCCAUGAAUUACUUUCAAAAGAUCUUUCAAUAGACUCAUUCAGUCUCAUGUUGAAUGAGAUGCAGGAGAACAUAUCUCUUGUGUCAUUUUCUAGUCGACUAGCUUCUCAGAGUUGGUCUGAGAUGCAAAAUGAUUUUCUGCCAAACUUUAUCCUUUGCAAUACUACUCAGCGUUUUAUCCGAUCUUCAAAAGUUCCUCUUGCUCCUGUACAAAAGCCAUCAGUUCCACAUGCCAAGCCAAACUUCUAUUGUGGUACUCAAGAUUUAAAUUUUGCACAUCAAAGUUUUGCGCGAUUGCAUGGUGGAUUUUUUGGGAUUCCACACAUGAUUUCCGUUGUUAAACUUCUAGGAUCUAGGUCUUUACCGUGGCUUAUCUGAGCACUGCUGGAUCAUAUAUCAAACAAGA